AAUGUUCAAAACAAAAAUGAUGUUAAUAACUAAGAAAAGUAUGCUUUUGUUUAUGAUAGAAACAGAGUAUGACUGUUGACAAAGAACAAGAAAAAGAUUAUCAUUUCAUGACCAUUUUACCAGAUAAAUAAAAAAAAUAAGGAGGAAGAAGAAGUCAAGGAAAGUAGGCUACGAUACGAGGUUAUAAACAGAGCCACUACUUACUCAUCUCUCUCACACACAUUUUUUCAAACAGAGCACUAUCAGAAAGAAGAAGAAGAUGAGUAGUUCUGAAUCUCCGUCGCACAAUGUCUUCGUCUAUGGCAGUUUCCAGGAACCAGCAGUCGUGGGUUUGAUCCUCGAAUGCACUCCCGUCAUCGUCUCCGCUCAACUCCACGGCUUUCACAGGUACAGACUCAAAGGGCGUUUGCAUCCUUGUAUUGCUCCUUUUGAGACCGGAGUCAUCAACGGCAAGGUACUAACCGGAUUAACAAAUGCUCAGCUAGAGAACUUAGAUAUGAUUGAAGGAGCUGAAUACGAGAGAAAAACUGUUGAGGUUGUAUUGACCGAUACGUUGGAGAAAAUGCAAGUGGAAGCCUUUAUAUGGGCCAACAAGGAUGAUCCUGAUAUGUAUGGAGAAUGGGAUUUUGAGGAGUGGAAGCGGCUUCACAUGGAGAAGUUCAUAGAGGCGUCGAAGAAGUUCAUCGAAUGGAAGAAGAAUCCAAAUGGCAAAACAAGGGAAGAGUUUGCCAAAUUUGUAAAUGAAGAUCCUCCCGUGGCUUGAAGAAUGUGUUAUCUAAUCUUUAUCUAUCUUUUACUCAAAAAUAAAAGGGUCUGAUCAGUGAUCAAGGCCAUAAGAUUAUAAUAAACUUUGUGAGUUCGAAAACACAAAGAUGUUGUACUGUAUCUAUAUCUAUAUAUGAACAAGAGGUAUAUGUGUUAAGUUUGGUGUCUUAAUCUGAACCCAAAAAGUCAUUUUGAUUUGAAAAAUACAAGAAGUUGCAAAUGGUUUGGCUUUGACUGGUAGUGAUUAAGCCCUCCCCCAUAUAACCAAAUACUGAUAAACAUUAUAUUAAUCUUUCAUAAUGGAGUGUAACAAAUCGACAACUAUUCGUAGGUAGUUAAGUUAAAAGCUAAGACGGUUCUAUGCUCAAUCUCGUAUAUUAGUUAGUUCUUUUUAUUUUUAAGUUUUUUUUAGAUGUUUAUUCCAAAUGUCGGACAAAACAAAUGUUGAACGAAAGAAAACACCUUAAUUAUAAAAUAUUAUAAAAAUAAUGAAUAUGAAAAGACCAACAGAAUAUCUUAAGAUUAUAGAAUGUUAAAAAUAUUAAGUAAAUCGGGGAUUCCUUUUAAGGGUGUUACUAGGUGAUUUUCCCGUGCUCAUGCACGGAUAUAAAUAUUCAUAAAGUAAAUAUAUUAUAAUAAUUGAUUGCUAUUUAUUUUUGAUUUUAAAUUAAUUUAUAAAUUGUGUGCAUAAUUUAUACUAAUAAUAUUAUAUUUUUUUAUUUAAUUAGUAUUAUUUUAGAUAUGUUAUAUCUAGUUGUUUUUUACAGUCGAUUUAGUUAUCAUUUGGGUAUAUUUGAUUGUAUCUAUUUUUCUGAAAUCAACUAUUAAAUGUUUUAUUCUAAAUAUAUUAAAAUUUUCAUUAAUUUUCUUAUUUGCAUUUAGGCUGGUUGUUAUCUUAAAUAUGUAAAUAUAUUUUAGGAAAAUUAUGUAUACCUUAAGAUAUAUUGUGUUUAGAAU